ACACCACUGGAGAAGGCUCAAGCAUGCAAGAACAAAGGCAAUAAAUACUUCAAAGGCGGGAAGUUUUCUGAGGCUAUCAAUUGUUAUGACCAAGCCAUAGAGAUGUGUCCACCUGAAAACACUGUUGACUUGUCAACCUUCUACCAGAACAGGGCAGCUGCAUAUGAACAACAAUGAUUCAGCAAUAUCAGAUUUCAAGAAAGCUGUAGAACUCAACUCAAACUUCCCUAUUGCUUUUGUUCAAAAGUGUUACACUGAUUACAGAUAUGCAUACCAGAUGGGUGAUAAGGCAAAGGUAGAUGAAGUAAUGAAGAAAUUUGAUGAAGCAAUUAAAAACUUCCCAAAAUGUGUUGAGUGCUACGUGUUGUAUGCUCAGGUACUGUGCGAUCAAGGCGAGUAUGAACGGGCUGAUGGCUUUUAUGUUAAAGCACUUGAGGUUGACCCUGAUAAUCCAACUACCCUUGUUCAUCGUGCUUUGUUAACACUUCAGUGGAAAGGAGACUUGGCACAGGCCAGAACAUUUAUCACUCAAGCUCUUGAAAUUGAUGAUAAAUGUGAGCUUGCAUAUGAAAAUCUUGCUACAAUUGAAGUCCAGACUGGCAACCUUAAGAGGGGAGUGGAACUUUUUGACAAAGCAAUUCCACUAGCAAAGACAGAAAUGGAAAUGGCACAUUUGUUCUCACUACGAGAUGCUGCAGUUGCACAAUUAAAGAUUGUGGAGAAGAUGGGUAUAAAUAUUCCAAACUUAGGGUCUUUGUAAAUAAUGAAAAAUGGGGAUCAGAUAUCAUGAUGACCAUUUCAGAAUAUAAGAGUUGUAUUAUAAGUUGUGAACUUCAUAGUUUAAUAAUGAUCCCAAAAAACAAUGGAAAUGUAAAAGUAACCUUGAAUGAAAUAACAUUUGAGUAAAUGAAUAAAUUCAGAAAUAUAUAACCUCAGUCAAUUAUGCCAUAAGUAACAGUGUCAGAUUUUAAUGCUGUUUCUUUUACAUUUCAGUGCUAUUGUAAAUUUAUUGUCAAUCAUUCCUACUUUAUAUAGAAUUUACCCACCUUCAUACACAAUGUAGACAUAAUGAGUGUAAGAUAAAGAAGAAAAAAACAAAUUUCAUCAUUGAUAUUUUCAUUAAUUUCUAUUUACACUAUAUAAGUGAAAAACAGUGAAAAAAUGUAAUUUUUGAAACUGAAAGGCAAAUUAUUCUGGAAUUAUAAUGUAAAUAUUCAUUCUUGUUAUUGUACUUAGCUGGGGUGAUUGUACAAUGUGCAUGAGAAAUAAAUGAUGUUAAUGUAU